CAUUUUCAAAUAAUAUAAAAAGAGUGAUACUCCAUAAACUCUGCCUUGCGUCCAAAUACAUCCCUAUAAAAUUAACCAUUUGAAUUGUCAAUCAGCGAAAUUCACCACACAACGCAGACGUAGAGAAAGAAGCAGAAAAACGAAGCAAAACGAAAUUAACAUUAGAAGAAAAAAACGGAGCGUCGGCAACGAGUGCUGAAAAUUUUUAGUAUUCGAUAUAUUUGUUAAAAAUAUUAAAAUAUUUGUAGAAAAUAUCAUUAAACAUUGGCAAAUAACUUCAACUAAUUGCAUAAAUUAACUUAUGAGUGAAUUGUGAAAAUACAUAACUAAUAUAUACAAUUACACGAGCUGUAGGUAACGAACAAAGCAGAGGUGUACAAGACGAAAAAGAGCGUUGGGAUUGGUUUUUGCCUUUUUUCAGCUUUUUGUUUUUUUUUUCUUUCGUUUAAUUCGUGUGAAAUUAGUUUAUAAUAAAAAACUUGCUAUUUUUGUCUCGUAAAAUAAAAAGCUGAAAAUUGUAUCAAUCAGUAAAAUAAUUGCGAAAACAAAACAAAGUGGAAACGAAAAAGUGCUUACGAGAAACAAAGUGGAAAUUUUCUUAUUUUGCAAUUGGAACUUUCGAUGCUCGAAUGCUGUUUUAAAAAAUGUCACAUUUGCCUUUGGAUGCACGCGCCAUUUUGGAGUAUUUAAAUGAAUUGGGCUACAGGAACAUAUCCGGUGAGCAGCUCAAAGAAUUCAUCAAAGAAAAUUUGCUAUUAAAGGUAUGCGACCACAUUCAGCGCACGUCAAAAAUUCACAUAGAGCAGGAAGUAACAGCAACAAAAAGAAAAAUCAAUCAGCACAAUAUUCCACUGAGAGCAAUCCACAGCAACAGUUAUCACAGCAAUUGCAAAAUCAACAUCAACAUCAACAGCAAAACCAACAUCAACAUCAACACCAACAUCAACACCAGCAUCAACAAUUGCCAACAAGUAGCUCACAAAUCGCAGCUUCAGCACAAGCACGAUCCAAUAAACGUAACUCUGUAAAGGUUGUAAAAAGCAAAACCCCUCUGUCUCAUUUCAGAUUUUACUUGGAUAUAAGGGACAAUCAGUUGACUAAAAAAAUUGAAGAACAGAUCAAAAUCUUUGGUGGUUGUCUCGAGUUUUUUCUAACGCCAAGUGUAACACAUUUUAUAACUGAUAAGACUGUGCUUUCGCCAAACGUAAGCAGUAAUUUAAAUACAAGCAGUAAUUGUAGUAAUAUCGGCUUUGUAACUAACAGCUUUCAAAGUACCCCACAGACACCAGGUACUCCAUCCACUCCGCAAACGCCAUGUUCUAUUGAGUCAUACGACAGUAACGUCACACCUGGUGUUUCUCGCAAAACAAAGUCACGUGCUGAUGCUAUAUUGAAUCGUGCCGUACGUCAAAGUUGUAUAUCUUCAUCGAUAUUCGAGAAAGCUGCUUUGAAACAAACAAAAGCUGAUACGUUGCCAUUUCAGAGUAUUGAGAAAAAUAACUAUUCAGUUUGGCAAGCGGAAUAUGCUUUGAAAUUUUUUAAAAAAGUCCAAUACGAACUAAAAGCGUAUCUUGAUUCAAAAAGUCAAAAUUCUACCAAUAAAACACGUUUGAUAGAGCCAAUUUAUUUGAAAGGAAGUUUUAUAAAAAUCGAAUCACUAAAACGUAAUAACCGCCCCUAUUAUCAAAUAUUUAAGAAACCGUCGGAGUGGCCUAAAAUUGAAUUGAAACAAGAGGAAGGGGCAUUUCGUUUAUCUCCGAAGAAAAUUCAGGACACGGAGAACCAUUUAUUAAAAGAUCAACAGAAGAAUAAAAUGACCAGAAAGUCUCGUUCACGCUCUUCACAGGUAUUGCGAAAAAGUAGCACUGGCGCAAAGCGUAACUCAAAUAUUGGUGCUCCUGAAUGCAAACAAGCCAAAGAAACUAGUGAGAAACAGUGCGGCGUUUGUGAGAUUUGUAAAAUUGAAUACGAUGUACUUACCAUUCAUCUAAAAACAAAAGAUCAUGAGUAUUUUGCAAGGAAUAAUCAAAAUUUUAUUGCACUUGAUACAUUGAUAAACUCAUCUGCUGACGUUAAUAAAUUUCUGGAAGAUAAUAAAAAUAAUAUAAAACCGGAAUUAGUGGAAGUUGAAGUCGAUGAAAAAGCGAUGGAUGAGGGAAAUAUAAAUGAUCCUUUAGAUAAUGCAGAAACCUCUUUAAAUGAAAAAGCAUGUAGUAAAACUCGUUCUGGCGCAUCGAAAACACCUUCACCAACUCUGCGAGAGAAAUCAAAGAGAAGUACAAAAGGUAAACAUUCAUCAGAAAAAUUUCAAAACUCAUUAAAACUGUCAGCUAAAUCGCCAAAGACAUUACCAAAAUCAGCCAGUCCAAUUAAAAAAGUAUCUUCCAAUGCCAUGGAGCUAGAAAGUAUAGAAUCAGGCGCUUCAACAUCCGUACCUACCGCUGCUUCAGCUUCAACUUCAACUUCGUUACGUAAAAAAACACCAAUUGCACUUUCUUCACCGCCAAUUCGAGCAAUGCUCCCACCAUCCUCACUAUAUAAAGUUGUUGAAACGCAUGAGAGUUGUACUACGCAACGUAAGCUGAGAGACGCAGGUGAUCAAGCAGUUGCUUCGCCAUCUAUAAUAGUUAAAUUUAAGAAAGUUCGCCAGACUGAAUUGUUACGUUUGAAUGGCGAAGCCGAAAAUUUUAUGUUUCCUAAGCAACGCGCCUCGAGUGAGUUGCCUACUGAUACCGACCGUCAAAGUUCGGAAGAUGUACGUGCGAGUGUUUCAUCUGGUAGUCUUGAAAGCACUAGUGAGGUUCUUGAUAUUGAUAAUGAAAAUUCUGAGAAGUUGUCACAAGAUAAUAGCAUUACUUCGCAGAGGGCAAAGAUUUCGGCAAAGAGGCGUAAAGGCCAGCAGCAGCGAACGCAGAGCUUUCCAAGCGCCCCCAUCCAGCCAGAUGUACAACUAAAACGAACACGAAAACCAUCUGCUGUUGCAGCAGAUCUGAUGGUUGCGACAACGGGCUUUACUCUGCCUGAAGCGACACGUAAAAGUAGUCGCACUGCAACGGCCAUUGUGAGUGCAGCAACAACGAGCAGUCGGUUAAUAUGCGCUGCUGUGAAAGCAGCUAAAAAUAAUUGCCUACGUAUGGCAAAUAAUGAAAUUCUAGCAAAUGUGACUUCGAGUAGUCGAAAGCGUAGUUUUCCUGUUGAGACCACUACUGCAGCUUCGAUCAAAGUGGAAUCUGUAGAAUUGCCAACAACGUCUGCAAAGCAGCGUCGUGAAACAACAGUUGUAGAAAUGGAGGAUAGGAUGGGGGAGUAUGAAUUUAAGAGUGAAGGCAGUGAUAAUGAAGCUAAUCUUCAACAAAAUAGUGUUAUAGAUCUAAACGAUGAAAGUGAUGACGAACAGGAUGAUGAUAAUGAUGAAGAUUAUUUGUGCAGUAAGGAUCGUUAUUAUAAAAGACGUAAAUCUCUUAGCAAAACAAAGCCUAGUCGGAAAAUGCCCAUUAGAAAAACAAAACCACGUAAGGGUAAAUCUCGUCAACGUCGAAAACGAAACAGCAACAGCAACAGAAUUUCUGGAAUAGAGGAGGAUAUUGACAUCAGCAUUGCUGAUAAUGAUCCCGAAGAAGAAAAGAGCAAUAAUACAAACAAUAAUGUAACUAUUGAUCAAGUGGAUAACAUGUCUAUUACGAACUUGAAUAACAAUUCAGGUGAGAGCUCAGCGAGUACGUCUCAAACAGAUCGACUGAAUACACUGCUGUACUCUUUUGAGCGUGUACCAACAUCAGAGGUAUGGUAUAAAGUGUUUUCACGGCAAGACGCAUGUGAAGAGCAAUACUUUGAAUACUAUGGGUCAACAAAAUAUCGUAAGCUACCGUAUGAGCUGGGCCCGAUGCCAUUUGACAGUACUUCAAGUAGUUGUCAACGCUGUACGAUUUGCCAAAAAAAUGCUGAAAUAAAAGCGAAAAUUGAAAAUAAUGCUCGUGAAGCUACAAUCGAAAAAACACCUGCUGUCAACAAUAAUUCCAAACAAAUCGAAUCAAAUAUUACGCCGGAAACAUUAAACAAAUCUAAAUGUACGCCAGCAUCGUUACAAACGUUACAGGAUGCGGCUGUGUCAUCGCAAUACACGCAUAAGCACAAAAAAUUACAUUUGCUGCAUCGUUAUCAGCAGGAGCAGAAAGAGUUGCAACAGAGGAAAAUGCAACAACUUCAAGAUCAGCAAAAAUCAGAACGUGCUGAGGAAGUGGAGGAAAAAUCGUAUGCAAUUGAUUCCAUAGCUGCAGUACAAAAAUGUGAUAGUAAGUCGAGCACACCUGAUAGGGAGGGUCGUGAUCGUGGUCGAGCUGGUUCGACGCAUAGCAAUGCAAGCAGUUAUGCCAGUAGUUCUGCAACUGCUGGGAAAAAACAAUAUCGUAACAAACAUCUCAAUAAAUCUGCAUUCCUAAAUCUCGAACUGCCACCGCGAAAAUCACCUCGUGAACAUGCAUCGACAUUGGCGUUAGUUAGUUGUAUUAUAAAACAGCGACAGGAUUCGCAAAGUAAACCUAAUUCGGAAACGGACGAACCACCUCCUCCAUUGCCAUCAACAUCAACAACUGCAGCUGCAUUUGUAUCUGCAUCAACAUCAGCAUCCGCAUCAGCAAGAGCAUUCAAAGAUGAAGCACAAGUGCUUAAAUGUACAACAAGCGAAGUAACAGAAUUUAUUACAAAUAAGUAUUCAUCGCCAUUGGCAGCAAAUACAACAAAACCAAUUAAUUCAACCGUUCCAUCGACAUCUUCAACCGCUCUAACUUCUCAGUUAUCCACGCUUCCAUCCACAAGUUUAUCUUCAACAAAAUUAACUCGCUUAUCAACAGCCACACCUGUUGAAGAGAUUCGUUUUGCCACAGAGAUAUCUGAAAAUGUGAAACGACUCCGUCGUGGCCAAAAUAAAUACGAUCACUCACCACCUGUUAUUGUAGCACCAAUUAAGCGUAAGCGUGGACGACCGCCACGUGCCGAUAAACUACUAAAUCAACAGCAGGGUAUUGUACAAAAACCAGCCGUACGGCGUUAUCGUAAGCGGAAUACUUGCAAUGCAAAUAUUGCACGCCAAUAUAGCGCUGGCGGUGGCGGUGGCGGCUUACAGACACAUGGCUUGUUGCCCUCAAUUCGAAAGACUGGUUCAAAAAAAGGAGUGCUGGAGUUUGAGGUCGAUAACACUGCUUUGCAGGCACUCGAAGCAGCUACACAAUACACAAACGUUAGACAUACGGAAUGGGAGAUUGAUAAAUUUUUGGAAACAGCAUUCACUGAAUAUGAUUUAAGUAUUGAAACUUCCGGCAUUGGUACAAGUGUUGAAGAUGAGGUUGCAAGUGAAGAACCUACUACAGAUAAUAUAAAUGGAAAUGAUAUUACUACAACACUACCAAAUCUCACAGCCACCAAAACGAAUAAAACAACAGCAACUGUCAUAAGCUCUCAUACACCACCACCAACAGAUUGCUUUUCUAGUGAUUUCGAUCUAUAUGAUUUGUUUGCAAAUAUAAAUAACAACAAUGGAUCGGAUGACGAGCAAUGCGAUGGAAAGCAGAAAAGUGUUAGCCUUUAUAAUUCGGUUGCUCUGCAUAGCUAUUUUCGUAGACGUAAAAAUCUAAAAUCGAAUCGUACUGGCUGGCCAAAAGCACAAAAGAAGAAAACAUCCUCUCGUCAACAACAAAUGCUAAAGCAGAAAAUUCGCUUCCUACAAAAUGUGAAUGAAGAAGUUAAGUCGAAGGAGGAACCAGUUGAUAACAAUAUUAAAGAUCCGCAAACACGUGAAAGUGAAGUUAUAAUUACACCGCCAGAUAGCGAAAUGGAUGAAAAUACAAAAAUAGAUACAAAUAACGAUGAUGAGGAAGAAGCUGAGGAUACUGAAAUAGAAGCCGCCGAAAGCAUACCAGAAGAAGAUGAUGCUGAAACAAUAGCAGAUUCAAUAGAAGAUGAACGAGAAGACGAUGCUGAUGCUGAUGCAGAUGUUGAUGAAGAAGAAGGCGAUGAUGAAGCAGGUGGUACAGCUGAUGAGGAUUACGAGGUGAAUGAAUAUUUAGGAAGAAAUAAGCGAUCCCGUCGGAAUGCACCACUUGAUAGUCCAAUCGAUAAGUUAAGCAAUUCCUUAAAUGCUUGCAGUAAUACUGCAGCUACAUCAACUCCUUCCACACAAAUGUUGCGUACACUGCGACAUACACCACAACUUAACGGAAGUUUAGGCAGCUGUAUUAGUCCAAGCGAUAAAGGCGGAGAUAAUUCCGAUAUAUUUACUGUCUCAUCGGAUGGUUUAGAAACUGAUUUAGAUUUGAGCAAUUCCCAACCCCAGCUUAGAGGUGGUGAUGAUGAACAUCAUGAAAAUUGUCCAAAUCAUACCCCAAAACGUAAAUUCGAUUUGGGCAAGUAUGCACUCAAAAACACAAGUACAACAAAUCUCAGCUUUGGUACUGAAGCGAAGAGUUCCGUGGUUAAAACAUUACCAUUAUCCCAUUUCCUAAAGAAGGAGGUUAGAGUGAAUUGCCGGCGUCUACGUGCACCAUUUAGACGUUUUCGUUAUCGCAGAUAAAACACAACAUUCAAUAUAUAUAAGAGAAAGAAACAAGCUGGACUGAUGAUAAAAUUAUGACAAUUAAAAAAAAAAAAUUAAAUAUAAACAAAUUGAAUGAUGUAUUUAUUAUAAGUGAACAUGUUAUGUUUAUAUAUAUAUUUAAAUUUAAAUAAAAUUACAUUUCAAAACACAGAAUAUUUAUUGUAAUUAACAACAAAUAAUGUCAACAAUCCAGAUUUGUUACCGUUGUACCGAUUUAAGAUAUUCCUGUUUAAAAUAUUUUUAAUAUGUUUUCUUAUAAUUACAUAUGUAGAACUUAAUGUGAAAUAGUUAAUCAAAUAAAUAUAUAUAAAUAAAUGUUAUAGACUAAAAAUGUAAAAAAAUAUAUGUAUUAAAUUAAUAUAUAAAUCCACACACACACACACACACACACAUUGAUUGAUUGAUAUAUACAUACGAUAUACACUACUGACAUACCAUACCCUACACCACACCACACCAUAAAUGCAUGAGUAUAUAAAUGAUGAAUCUAUUGAUUGAUAUGGAUGAGAAUGAAAAUGAAGAUGAGGUUGAGGUUGAGGAUGACGAUGAGUGUUUCAUGAUUUAUGAUUCUUUGCGAUAUAGUCUAAAAGAUGUAUUUAGUUAAUAAAUAGGAUUAAGUGCAUGUAUAUGUAUUAUGUGUUAUGUAUGUUGUGUGUGUUGUGCGUAAAUGAGAGAAGAUCACACUUUGACAACCUAACAAAUUCAGAAUGUAAUUAAUUGCAUAUUAAAAAACAAAAACAAAAACAAAA